AUGCGAGUUUCUUCCUUAUGGCUAUCUGGAUUGGCGGGUACGGUCCUGGGCUGUGACUCGUGCUAUGGACCUCAAGAACAUGUCGUUCGUACACGCAACGUGUGGCCACUUGCUCCGAAUCAAGGCCCAGUAGCGAAACGAAUGCAACCGGACGCCCAGAAUGCCUCGUAUGGACCAUCCCGUGGGCCUCUACCUUGGGGCCAAUUGAAUGUGUUGCACACGACUGACACCCACGGCUGGCUCGAAGGCCACAUUCUUGAGAAGAACUAUGGCGCCGACUGGGGCGAUGCCGUCUCCUUUACGAAAGCCAUGAGGAACAAAGCCGACCGCCUUGGUGUCGACAUGCUCAUCGUGGACACCGGGGAUCUCCACGACGGUGCCGGUCUCAGCGAUGCGACCAGCCCCAACGGUGUGCUCUCAAACCCUAUCUUCGAUAACAUCGACUACGACCUGCUCACUAUCGGCAAUCAUGAGCUCUACGUGUCCAGCAUAGCGUAUGAGCACUUUUACAAUUUCAGCCGAGUCUGGGGGGAGAAGUAUUUGACGAGCAAUGUCCAAAUCAUCAACCCUAACACUAGCGAAUUUGAGUAUAUUGGGCACCAGUAUCGCUACUUCACCACGGCUAAUGGUCUCCGUAUCAUGGCGUUUGGUCUUCUGUACGACUUUACUGGCAACUCGAAUGUUAGCAAGAUCUUCACAGCAGCGGAGGUCGUCGAGCAAGCAUGGUGGAAGCAAGCAAUCUCGGGCUACCCGGAGAAUUGCGAGACUCAGGUUCCCAUUGACCUAUUCGUUAUGCUGGGCCACAAUCCAGUGCGAUGGAAUGAUACUGAGAGCACUUUCGAGACGUACUAUUCCAGCAUCCGCGCCGCUCAGCCCAAAACACCGAUCCAGGUGUUUGGCGGACAUUCACACCUUCGUGACUUUGCUGUCUACGAUGAGAUGACGACGGCACUUGAGUCAGGCCGAUACUGCGAGACUUUGGGCUUCUUCUCCAUGACUGGCUUGAGCUCGUCCAACUAUACCGGAGCUUUAGUGCCUUUUGGUGUUCCUAAUCCGACGCAAAUGGCUUUGUCUAGCAACAAGACCAACGAUCCCAAUGCCACCAAUGUUGGAGCCUCUCUCAAGUAUGCUCGCCGCUACCUGGACUGGAACAAGAUCACUUUCGAGUACCACGCUACGGGCUCGCAGAAUUCCAGCAUGUUCGACUACUACAAAGGCUCGGCAGUCACAAGAAACAUCACUGCCACGCGUGCAGAACUCGGCCUUAGUGACGUGCUUGGCUGUGCUCCGCAAACGUAUUGUAUCUCUUGCGCACCCUACGGCACUGCCGAGAAUAUCUACUCUGGACUAGUUCCGCAAGCGCUCACGCUUGGUGUUGUCAAUGCUAGCCGUGCGAGUAACCCACGCUUUCUGAUCGUCAACAGUGGCGGUAUUCGCUUCGAUCUUGUUCAAGGCCCCUUCACCGUGGACGACAGCUACAUCGUCUCUCCCUUUGCUGACAUCUUCGUGUACCUCCCCGCGGUCCCAUACAGUAUCGCCAGUCAGCUGUUGAACGAGCUCAACAACGAUCCCUUGUACAACGGUAAGCGCGAUCUAAGCGCCGUCGAGGAUAUUCACACCCGUGAACUUUCCGCUCGUGACUUCGCGUUCCACCCGAUCCGAGGCGACGACUGCAGGUCCCCGGCCCCGGAAUCGAUCAUGGCCAAGCGUGCAUUGAAGCCGGCUGUGAAGCGGCAGCAGAUCAUGCUGACUCCGGGCUACACUACUACCGACGACUUUGGAUCAGAUGGUGACGAUACGGUGCACUCCCACAUUGGAAACUUCGUUAACAGCAUUCCCGCCUACAUUGGGUCCAAUGCGUCCCUUCCAUCGAACCCAUCGCCCAACGCCCCAGUCGACCUGAUCUUCAUCGACUACAUCGCGAGUGACGUCCUCCCAGCGCUUGCCGGUCUCGGUGCCAACUACUCAGAGAGCGACGUCCAGUAUUAUAUCAACAGCACAUUCUCGACAAACACGUAUCUCAAUGUGUACGCGCAGGUUGCCUGGAAGGCUAACAUCACGAACUGUCCAGUCGGUGUAGGUGUUGGUGGUGAUGCGGGCACUUAG